AUGUCUACGCAUUCAGGUGAUUUAAUCGAUGGUACUAAAAAGAAAGCUGAGAUCAUAAACGAUUCAAGUGAAUUUGUUACAAAGGAAGAAGAAAAAAGAUUAGUAAAAAAGCUUGAUUUAAGACUCAUUCCUUUG